AUGGUUUCUUUUAUCCCUGACAUUGCUAUUAUGGCUAUACCUGCUUUAAUCAAGAUCAUACAUAAUCCUUUAAUAAGAGCGUUAGUCAUAAGAGCGAUGGGUUAUGUAAGUGUUGAAAUGGUGGCGGUAGAUGCAUUAGUUGAUUCAUCAAGACAUUCUUUACGAGAUCAGAAACAUGGAGUCCCGGAAAUAUGUUGCAUAUGCCUUGAAGGUGCAACUACCGGACAAAAUAUGUUAAUACAAUGCAGUCAAGAAGAUUGUGAAGUAGUUUGUCAUCAAGAAUGCUACGGUAUCACUAAUUUUUCUAGUGAAGGCGAUCCUUGGUAUUGUGAUAAAUGCCUUGCAACAUCGUCUGAAGUGGUAGCAUGUAUCUUAUGUCCAAAGAGGACCGGCGCAUUCCGCCGAUUAAAAGAAGAAGAAGGAUUUGAAACAAAUGGCUGGGUGCAUCUAGUUUGCGCAUUGUGGAUGCCUGGUAUGUUGAUUGAAAAUCCUCAGAAAUUAACCGAGGUUAAAAUCGACAGUGUGAAUGAGUUGAAUUGGAAAAAGAAAUGUUGCAUUUGCCCAAAAGAAGUUUCCAAUCAAGGUGCAACAGUUUGUUGUGACUUUUCUGGUUGUCAAAAUUGGAUCCACAUAACAUGUGCUCACGAUUAUAACCUUUUGGAAUUGAAGAAUAAUCCUGAAAUGGUUGAUCCAUAUUUUGUUUACUGCAAAGGACAUUUUUCGCAAGCCAAUGCUCGUCUUAAUGAAUGGGUAAAAUGGGUUCGGGAGCACCAAACGGUUAUAAAGAAAGCUAGAACCAAAGAUCAGGCUGGAGGUACAGCAGAUUUAAGAAACAUUUUUGAAAGUAGUUAUACCGAAUAUCAAAAACACAGAGAAAACAGCAUAAUCAAAAUCAGAAAAAAUAUAGCACAACAAUACUCAAAAAUUAAUAGCGAUAGAAAGAAAUUACAAAGAGCAAAGGAACUAAAUGAAACAUUCCAAGAAAUGAGAAAUGUCGCAGAAGCUGAGGCAGUCGAAUUGUUUAAUUAUUUAAACCAACUAAAACAUCAGAAUGCUGAUUUCAAUGUUGUCGAAGAAAAUGCAACCAAUAGUAACGAUAGUGGUUACGUUGCCUUUAAUUAUAAGGAAGUAGAUAAACAAAUAAAAACUGGAGAAAUGGAACAAUCAAUGGAUGAAAUUCGAGCUGCAAUAAAUAGUGUACCAAGUUCAGUAUCAGAUUGGAAUAAAGAAAUGGUAGACAGAGCAAAAAAAAUUAACGUUAAACUUUUGGAUUCCAAAAACAUUGAAUCAUUAGGAUUAUUAAAUGUACAAAAGGCUCUCCUUCAAAGAGAAUACGCACAAAAAUUAAAGAGAGAGAGUUAG